AAGACAUUGACGGAGCUAUUUUUAGCGGGAACAAUCGUCCUGUGCUAGUGAGGUCGAUGCUACGGCAAGGGGACCAGAAGAUGGCAACCGAGGCAAAUGUGCCCCGACUUCCUCUCGAAGAUUCCGCCGUGACGCUGGCGUCAGUGACCGAACUGGUCAAGGACAUGCAACGAGAACAUGAUGCCCAGCUUGCCAAGGAAAGAGAGCUCGUCGUACACCAAGUGCUCCAGUCGCUCGAAACGACGGGACUGUUAAGGCGAAAGAAGCCGCGCGCCGCCAAACACACGACGAAACUAGACAAGCGGCUGCAGUCGUUGCUGCAUCACUCGCUUAGCGACACCGGACUCCACUACCCCCAUGUUGUUCCGGUCGAAGCGUCGUCGACGGUGCUUCCGGCGUCGAUCGUCCGGCCAUUGGUGCUAGAGCGAAGAGAACACACCGACGAAUCCAUGGAUGCAAGGAUGCCUGCAGUGAGCAAGAAGAGGCACACGUCCAAGCGGGACAUUCUUGCGCAAGCUGUUGCGGGCAUCGCUUCUGAGCCCACGACAGUGGAUGUUGCGGCGUCUUCAAAGCUAGCGCCCGAAAAACCACCAGAACUUGUCGAGCCCAUCUUGAGGCGGUCGAAGCGGUCGGCCAAUAUGGACAAGAAGACAUGGGUGAUUCUCGAACAAAGCAAGAAGCUUCUGCAAGCAACCAAAGCGAGUGGAUACAAGCCAGGGGUGAUCGCGCCCAAGCCUCACUUCGAAGAAUUCUGUGCCCAGCUAACAUCUCCCAACUCUGGGGAACAACUCAGCACUGCAGCGUCGAUCACUACUCCAAUAGAUCCCACCGCUGCAGACGCAACGGGUGUCAUCCACGACGGUCCUGCUGAGACGAUGACUGAUGGCGGAGGCAACAACCAGCCAGACGAAGCGAAACCUGUGCCUGCGUCAUACCAACUCUCGCUACUAGAGCCGUUCCCAACGAGUUUGGCUACGGAAAACACAGACAAAGCGUGGGAAAACGAACUCGCACGUCAAAUUCUAUCGCUCUAUGCCACGAGCAUGUCGACGAAAAAGCACCAACAACAGCACCUCCAAGAGCGACCAUUGUCUGCAUCACCGACGAAAUCGGACGGGAAAUACGACAGCGCACGUGGAUCGCGACGACACAGUGUCCAAAAGCUACCAGCGCUCACGGAAGCCGACCGAAAAAAGCGCAUUCAGUACAUUCAAGACUCGUGGCAGCCAAGCCAUGUUGAAAACGGCAAAGUCGUGCUGUGCAUGCCAAAAAUCCCAAAACCCAUUUGGUUUGCAGGCACGGGCAUUGUCAUGGCGACGUGGUGCUCGCUGGCGGUCCCGGUGACCGAAGCCAAGCUGUCUGCGUGCAGGGUGGACGAGUCCAGCCUGGACGGGGCCGCGAUGCUGUGUCGGCAUAAACUUUGUCACGAACUGCGUCACCUCGAGCACGACUUUGAGUUUGAACAGUACUUGGCCGUUGUCGAGACCUUGCUCAUGUCACGAGUUCGAGCGAAGCAGCCCCAAGGCGGCGCGCCGCUGGACGAGCUGGAUCUGAAGCUGUGGAAACAGUUCGUCAUUACAGCCAACGCCUUUGCAAGCCGCGCGAUUGACUUGAAAAAGUUUCCGCUUGCCCUGACGCUAGUGAAGAAGACCGAAGCGAUAUUGGACGGCGCCACUUGUCUAAGUGCAUCUCGCACCGAGUUGCUCGCAUACAUUGCCGACACGUACGCGUAUUAUUACUAUAGCCGCAACAAGGCCAGCGCGGCGAUGACAUAUCUUUCCAAGGCGCAUGGCGUGCACUCCAAGCACGGCGAGUGGUCGCACUUGGCGAAAUGCAAACUCCACAUGGCGAAUUUACUGUCCAAGUUGGAGCAGCACCCGGAGGCUGUCGUACAACUCCAGCUCAUUCUGGCACUGGUCGAAGAAGCAAAGCUGGAAGACGACGGCGGCGGCGCGUCCGCUCAAAAGCUAUGCCUCGUUGCGGUGUGCUACAACAACUUGGCGCUGGAGCAACUCCACUUGAAAGACGUCGAUGGCGCAGCCACGUCGAGCCAAAACGCAAGGCGGCUCGCCCGACUAUGCCUGAGUUAUAGCAACCGAUGGCUACGUCAGUUCGAAAACACCCACAAAGCCGUGAUUCGCGCGAUGGCGACCAUCAUGGGCGACCAAGGGGACGUCGACAUGGAGCUUGUGAUGAAGUACGACUUGGAGGCGUAACAGCGUGUGUCCAAAUGAGUUCAGAUCUGUGACGUUAUCGACGCUGUGGACGCACACGAUCCCGUCGUCGCCUCCUCUGCCACGAACAUCGGCGCCAGCAAUCUCGCGACUCAAGCGAGUUGCUGGAGCCGCCACCACCCUGACCGAGCUCGCGCCCACCCCCCUCGACGAAGCAUGGCGCUCUCGACAAUACAAGCUCGGUACAAGUUAUUUGAAAUUAAGUUUGGGGGACAUGGUGUCCGUGGUGCUAUCCCCAGAUGCGUACGACUGGACGGUGUACCGGUCUUCUUCCUCUUCCGUGAUGGUGGUUUGAUCGAGUUUUCGGCAGAGGCGAUCGGUAGAUUCCGCGGCGGCGGCGGCGGCGGCUUGAGGUGUUUGGUUGCGGCGGGGACUGAAGAGCAUCAUUUCCGACUUUUGGAGAAGUUCGUCUUCGAGGUCGUCAUCUUCGGACGACGACGACGGCGGCGCCAAAUACUCGCCGGCCUCGACGUCCUUGGCGUGACACAGCCUGCACGUACGAACUUUCACACGUCCGACCCCUGGAACCUGUGCAAGCGAAAAGGUCGAGCAGUCCUUGCAAAUGACGUCGCCGCAUCGGCGGCAGUGGUGCUUUCCCAUCGUGAGGAAGAAUUUCUUGGUGCAUAUGACACAGUGGCUGCGGCGACUCCCGUCCACCCAUUCUUCUUUGGCUUUCACGUCUGUGAUGCGGUACAACAGCCUCGGUCGUGGGGUGGCCAUGGUCGACGAGCACACAACUCGUCGUCGGUCCAAGGCGACUUUUGUUCUGGCGCGCGCCGGACAGCACCGCUUCGUAACACCGUCCUGCGUGUAAUGGCUGCUCCGCGCGAUUGCUCGGGCUCCAUGUGUCGCCGUCUCAACCGCAUCUCCUCAUCCACUUUGGUUGCUUUUUGCGGUGCAAUUUCCCAAAAUCGUCGUCGUGGAUGGCGUGUCACCAAAAACGUGC